AAUUGUCCACAGUAUGGUAUUAAGCUAAUCUGUCUUGCAUUUCUUCAACUACAAGUGUUAUUUAUUGCUCAAAAUUAUCUUAAAAAACAUCCACUCUUUCUGUGAGUGGGGUCACCUCUCCAUAAAUCUAACCUGUAAUUUGGCUUGUAAGUCUCCAUGGAGAUUCUCAAGUGUAUGGUGGUCAUACUGUGGAACAUUCUAGCCACAUCUCCACGGAGGCAAGCAGGUUUGGUGAUUGGAUUUUCUAUAGCUCCACCCUCCCUUGACAUCCCCAAAGACGACCUUGUGAUUCCAGUUUAUGAAACGCUCAGAAUAACAUGCAGAGGACAGCUUACCCUAGCGUGGGCAUGGCCUGAUCAGACACUGGUGGCACAGGAGUUGAAUGUGCGGCAGGGGCAACAGCUGCCCUCCAGCGCCCCCCACAGGCAGAGGGGGGUGGUGGUCAGCGAGUGUGAAGGUCAGCCGGGGCGUCCCUACUGCAAGAGACUGGUCCUGAGGGGUGCCCAGGCCAAAGACACUGGGUACUACCGCUGCUACUACACCAACGUCAAAGCCAUCAUCGAAGGGACCACUGCUAUCAGUGUGUAUGUCUUCAUCAGAGACCCAGAGCAACCCUUCCUGCUGAGAACCGGUCAAAACUCGGAUCUGGAGACCUUAUUAAUCACCCGCCUCUCCACUCAUGUCACUGUGCCAUGUCUAGUGACCGUCCCCGAUCUCAAUGUGACUCUGCAUGCGUAUCCCACCCCUCUGGAGAAAGCUGACAUGAAGUGGAACAACAAACUGGGAUGGACUGUUCCCAGACAUGUGGUAGACAACCCCUUGGUGAUCGGAGUCAUGUGUGUGGCCACACUGAAUGGUAAAGACUACCAAUCAGUCAACUACCUCAUUCAUACUGUUGGAAGUCAUGUUUACGACGUCAAGCUGUUUCCUGAGGACCCCGUGGAGCUGAUGGUGGGGGAGACACUUACCUUAAACUGUACUGCCCUGGUCGAGUUCAACACUGGGGUCGACAUCAAGUGGACAUACCCUGGGGCAGAGUCAACCAGUGUGCCGUUCAUCCAUCCGUACAGAGAAAUCUUAUCUCACGCCACAGAAGCUGCCAGCAUCCUGACCAUCCCCAGUGUGAAUAUGUCUGACACUGGAACAUACAGCUGUAAUGUCACCAGCAUGGACUCCAGUCACACACAGCUCCUGCAUGUCACAGUGCACGAAAAACCAUUUAUCAUCCUUGGCUACAGAAAUGGUCCUGUUGUUGAGGUAACUGCUGGUCAGAAGUCUGUAAAGAUAAAUGUGAACGUAUCUGCUUACCCCACCCCUGAAACAAAGUGGUAUAAAGAUGGAAAAUUGAUAAACCAGCGCCCUGAGUUCAAGAUAAAGAGGAUAAGGAUGCACCCAAAACAUGUGUUGGAGAUUAGAGAUGUGUGUCGAGAGGAUGCAGGACUCUACACAGUGGUGCUGAGGAACAGUGCAGCUGGAUUGGAGCAAAGACUCAAUAUUACACUAGUUGUCAAUGUUGUCCCUCAGAUCCACGAGAAAGAGGUGGCAGAGCCGUCCAGCCCGUACCCCAGCGGCAGCAGUCAUGUCCUCACCUGCACCGCCUUCGGGCUCCCUACUCCCUCUGUGACCUGGCACUGGAGAGACUGGGGCCCCUGUGUCCUCAACAGCUCCAGCACAAUGGGGCUCACAGACAGCAGCGGCCACAGCGACAGGACCACCAACUGUCACAACUGGCAGGACGUUAUCCCCCAAAAUACAGGCAAUCAGAUCGAGGCCAUUGAAACAUCUAUUGAAGUUGUUGAUGGCAGGCAAAAGAUUGUCAGCAGGCUGCAUAUUCAAAAUGCCACUGUUUCAGUCAUGUACAAAUGCACAGCUGAGAACAAAGUGGGCCAAGAUGAGCGCCUCAUCUACUUCUAUGUGACCACCAUCCCUGAAGGCUUUAGUGUGAGUGUGUUACCCUCUGAGGGCCCUCAGGAGCAGGACCGCGUGUCUCUGUGCUGCAGCGCUGAUAACUACACGUAUGAGCGGUUGCAGUGGUACCGCCUCCACCCCCAGGCCCUCCCACAGGAGCUGGAGUGCCGGAGCGUGCAUCUCUACGCAGAAAUGCUCCAUGGGCAGCUCUCUUUUCAGGCAGAGUCCAACAGCUGGGUCCUUGACCACACCAUUGCCUCCAUCCAGCUACGGGACGAGGGCCAUUACGUCUGUGAAGCUCAGAGCCGGCGCACCGGAGACAAGCAGUGCCUGUUUAGAUACAUCUCUGUAAAAGAUGAGCCCCCAGCGUUCCCCAUGUUGACAGGGGCUUUCGCACUCCAAUGCAACCGGAGGGAGGCUGAUGUGUCCUGGGCCACGCACAAACCGCACGCAGACCUUCAAGACUCUGUUCUCAUCAGUAUCCGCAGGAGUCCUUGA